GGCGGAAAGCGCGCGAUGGAGCGGGAGCGCGCAGGGACGGGGACGCGCAGGAGCGGGAGCGUGCAGGGACGGGGACGCGCAUGGACGGGGACGCGCAGGAGCGGGAGGUUUCCCCGGAGCUGCGUGAAGUGCAACAAGGCAGCGAGACGCGGAAGUGAGCGGGACCUGUUGCCCGAUGCUGCGAGCCUGUUGCGAAUCCUUCUGCUCUACAACAUUCCCCAGGGCCUUACCACAUUCACUGUGAAGAACCUGCCCUGGUUUGACUUUCUGCUCUGGAUAUUCUGUUCUAUUCGGGAAAAGGUUUAUAAGGAAAGAAGCAUGAAGAAGAAAUGCUCUAAGAUGUCUGAUGAGGAAGGCAGUCUUUGCUGUUGUGAAUACAUUAACCAUCAUGGAGAGAAAACACACAUACUGGCCAGUUGCUGUGACUGUGAGGAUCUGGAUGAGGCCUGUGACAGGUGUUUGAAAGGUAAAUCCAUCAGUUCACAGAGUAUCGAGCGAGUGUCAGCCACUUUUUCCGAUCGCCUGCGGAUCCCGUGGUUGUUGGGCACUGGGGCCAAGAAGAUCGAUAUCACAAUUUUACCGCCCCUCGUUUUCCUUCCGAUCUUCCUUCAUAUUGCAGCCAUUCAUUUCUUCUUGGCCCUCACCAUUUUGACAUCCUUGCCGAUAUUGGUGAUCUGGUACUAUUAUGUCACCCACCAAAAGAAAGGGCGCACACUAUUUUUUCUAAGUCUAGGCCUAUUUUCUCUGGGCUACAUGUACUAUCUAUUUCUGACUGAAAUAAUGCCCAGAGGAACCAUAAGCUCCGUGCAAGUGAUUCUGCUCACGACUAGUUUGGUCCUGACACUAGUCAGUGUAGCACAAACGAAGAAGGACCCAGGCUACCUGAGGACGGACAAUAGAAACACUCCAAUCAAAGAUGCCCAGAAAAAUAGCAUUUCAUCAUGUACUACGAAUGGCAAAUGUGAAAUACAGCCUGUGGGCUGGGACGCAUCCACAACAUUAAAUCAUUCCACUCUUAAUGGCAAAAUACAAAUGGGUCAAAAUGAAUUCCAAAAGGACUGGUGUAAAGUUUGCAAGAUUUUAAGACCACCACGCUCAGGACAUUGUCGAAUAUGUGCAAACUGCGUACAAAGGCUGGACCACCACUGCAUUUGGAUUAACAAUUGUGUAGGUCAAGGCAAUCACCGUGCAUUUAUUCUGACCCUAUUUCUUUUCCUCCUCACCUCACUGUAUGGAAUUAGUCUGACACUGAGCACUAUAUGCAGGGGACAAAGCAUUUUCAUGGCUUUAUUUUAUUGUCCUGGAGUCUACAAAGAACACAGCACUGCACUAUCAUUUACCUGUGCCUGGUAUUGCGCAAUAGUCACUGCAGGAAUGGGUUAUCUAUUUCUCAUUCAGCUCAUCAACAUCAGUUACAACAUCACAGAGCGAGAAACUCGCUUUGCUUUGAGAGACAAAACUGGAGACAAAUAUCUCUGUGGCCUAAUUAUAAAAACUGAUGAGUACAACCGAGGGCUCCUUAACAACUGGAAAGAAUUCCUUCGACUUCAGCCUCAUCCUCGGAAGCCAGGAAUUGAAGAUUUAGUAUAAUAUUUAUAAAUUAUUUUAAUUGUUGUUGAGUCAUAGAUACACACACAUGACCUAAUGUGCCCAUUGUUUUUUUAAUCUAUCAGAAUUGAUGGCAUUUGAAAUAAAUCAAUUAAAAAAUGAGAAAUUAAGAGUUUUGAGCAUUUUUAGAAGCACAUUUCUACUGGGAGGUGUUUGAUUUCAAUGUGUAUGAUUUUGUUAUCCACAAAUUCUCUAUUUUUCAAUAUUGAUCUAACUGACUGGCUAUUUGAUGAGCUGCAUUUUUUAAACAGGGGUGGAUACCCAGCAGGAAUUUACAUGAGGGCAAAACGCUUGUUGCUGUUAUGACUUUAGGAUGAUGCAUGGGAGAAAAAUGUUUUUUUUCUGUAAGUAAUAUGUUUACGGAUAAAAUAUGGGCAUUGGUGAAACGAAAUAUGGAUUUAAAAAACACAUUUGUUGUCAGAAUGUGAUCGUGGCUGGCAAGGUGAGCAUUUGUCACCCAUCCCAAACUACCUUAGAUUGUGGAGAAAGGGAAGAGUUGAUCACAUGGAUAGACUGGAUUAACAUCAGCCAAACUGAGCAACCUUCCCUGAUUAACAUUAUGUGAAUCAAAUCGAAUUGUGGUCACUGACCAAAUUUUCCCUGAAUAACAUUAAGUGAAUCAAAAGUUUUAUAAUAAUCUGGUAAUUUCAUGACAACAGCAGCUAUUUAUUUAAUUAAUCAUAUACAUUUUCCAGCCACCAGGCUAGGAUUCAAAUUUGUGUCCUACUCUAAGGUCAAGAACGCUAGUUGCAAGUCCUGUUAAUUAUCUGCAGCAUCCCUCUUUGUAAUUGAGCAUUUAUCUUCCACUGAUUUAUUCUUAACAGGUACGUGGUGUGCAAACUGGCAUGAAUGCAGCCUUGUGUUUACUGUGUCAACGGAGUUGUUGGUCUUGUUUUAGUAGAAACCAAGUUGGCUACUCUGCAAGGUCUGCUUCAUCUGCAGAAGCGCAUGUGGUCAGCUCAGCUGCACAACACGCACGAUUCGAAUAUGCAGACUAUACUACUUAUGCUAUGAUUUCAUUUUGUGUGGUUAGGUAAAUGAACAGAACACUCCUGGAAAUCUGAAAUAAAAACAGAAUUUCAGUUUAGGCAGCAUUCGUGGGGAAAGCAAAAGAAAACGUUGGAAUUUGACAAACCUGAAAUGUUAACUGUGCUUCUCUUUUGAACGAUGCUCCCUGAACAGCUGAAUAUUGCUAGCAUUUUCUACUAGUUAUUAUAUUAUCAAUACUGAAUUUAUAUCAAUAUUUGCAUUAAAAAAGAAAGAUUAGUUUCUCUAUUUUUACGGUCACAGGAUAUAGUCGUUUGCCAUGAAGUAAUUUGUACCAUCAAAAGGGAGUUUGGGUAUAUUAGAAAUGUCAUUGAAUGCUACACUUCCUGAAUCUUCCAUACUUUGAUACUUAAUAUUUGAGCCAUAGCAUCAGAUAUUUAAAUAGUGGCUACUCUCGUUUUGUUUUUUUUUUGCUGGCCCUGAAAAUAAAAUAAAGAACCAAUUAUAGUAGCUUAAAAGGGUACAGUUUAAAAGGAGAAGUACAACAUGCUUAUUGUGCAGCUAUAUUGUAGAAAUGGUUGGAGGUUUCCAUGACAACUUUAUGCAUAGUGGCAUAAUCGAAUUGUGGUCACUAACCAAAUGUUAGUUAAAAUUCUGUUUUGCAAAAACAGUAUUCCAAUAAUAAGGCCUUUUAAUGCUUGUAGAAUCUCAGACCCGAGUAGUUUUAAUAUUAUAGAGUUCGUGAAUAGGUAAUUGUUAUUUCAAGCUUUUCUGACAUUCUAAAUGUUAACUACCAUUUAUCCUGUAUGCGUUGCUCCCCUUCCUUAUACACUUUGUGGCUUCCUGGCAGUGAUAUCCGAAACUAUCUAUUAUGACUUAAAGCACAGGACUAAAGCCCAAAAAAGACUCUGCCACAACAAAAAGUCAAACAGUAUAACAAUUCACACUGCAAUUUAUUUUUUUCCCCUCAAGGUUUGCAAUGUUUUCCAGUAUGCUAUAAAUACCUCUCCAUUGAGAAUUAGUGCAAGUGAUGGAAGAGUAUUGCAGUGGUGCAAUUCUAAAACAAGUUUGUGAUUGCAAAAUCUAAGUACA